AUGGGUCACUAUGGUAAACAUAUAAUUGAUCCGGAGACCGGCUUAUGUGAAAUAUGUGAUAAGAAUGCUAUUCAAGAAGUUCGUCAAGGAAGAAGACAAGAUCAACAACCAGCCCAUCCAAACAAUAAUUCAGGCCCUAAUGGACAAAGAUCGCAUCGAGUUUCUUAUGCAGACAAUCAAAUGAUUCCUCGAUAUAAUACACCAACAUCAGUUCGUCCUAUGAAACAACAAGCUUAUACACCUCCUCCACCAGCAAGUGACAUGUGGUAUGGUGGACCUAGACGAAAGAUUAAUUCUGGUACGGGAAUUCUUCAACAACCAACGCCGCGCAAUUAUGGACCGCAGAAUGCUAGAUAUGCUCCUAAUCAGAUGCAUCCUAUGCCAAUGGAUCCUUAUUUUCAACCAUCACGUAUGUAUCCUGCAGAAGCACAUAGAAGACCAUAUAGAGUUGCACCAUUGGAACAACAUCCUUAUUAUCAACCUCAACCACUUCCUGCCAGAAGAGUUUAUAACAGAUUUCCACCAGGCGUAUAUGACCCGAUGCCACCCGUCACUUAUAUGGCUCCCCCACCAUUUAAAGAACCACAAGUCUUCCAUAUCCGACUUACUGAUUAA